AUGGACCCAAGUGGUGCGGACGAGGAUGAUGCCUCAGCAGCCACAUUCUUCAACCAUGCGGUGGAGCUGGCGCCCAUCGACAACCGGCCGGCCAAGGUGCGGCGGCUGUCCAUGGAGGAGGACUACCUGUACGAGCAGGUCAUGACCUUUGCCCAGCCGCCCAGCCCGCCGGCCUACCACGUCGCCACGCACGGCACGUACCAGGGCCCGUCGCGCAAGGGCAGGGAGGCCGUCCUGGGCGGCGAGGGCUCCCCGGCCGAGGACGAGGACGUGCUGCCGCGCUACUACUGCGACGUGCACAUGGAGAACGUCUUCCAGAUGAAGAUGGAGAUCGAGGACGCCGUAAAGAGGGCCGAGUACAGGAACUGGCGCACCAUGUUCGUCGUCCUGCACGGCACCGCCCUGCACAUCUACGGCGCAAAGGACAAGGGCUGGAGCUGGAGCAAGAGCAGGAUGCACGGCCCGGACGUCAAGCCCGACAACCCGCCGUGGCUGAGGAAGGGCGCCCUGGAGCGGAGCUACAGCCUGCAGCACGCCGACGUGGGGAUCGCGGCUGAUUAUCACAAACGUCGCUAUGUUAUCCGUAUAAGGGCAGAGACCGACCAGUUCCUCAUCUCGUGCGUGGAGCUCGAGACAUUCGUCAAGUGGCUCGAGUGCCUCUUCGCCGCCAUAGACGUGGCGGCCCCCAUCGACGAGCGGGACUUCCCACGGGACCAGAGCAUCCCCCGGAUCCAGCGGCUGCGGUGGCUCCGCGGGCAGUACUCCGCGCAGGCCACCAGCAACGGCGGCAGCUUUCAGCAGCUGACGGAGUCGCUGGUCUCGAUGCCGGAGUCCCAUAUCGACACGGCCAUGCCCGUAGACCCUCCCGCGGACGUCGAGAUGUCGCCAGGCGGGCCCCCGGGGGUGGACCUGACCAACGACGCGGCAGCCAUCGCCCCCUGGGACUACAUCCCUCACAACCCCACACCCAACCCCCGGCAGAGCACCGUGCCCGCCCGGCGGCUGUCGGUGUCGUCGUACCACAACGAGGGCGUCGAGCCCGAGACGGGCAAGUGGCGGCCGCGGCACCUCUGGACGUCGACGCACGACAUGGUCUACGCCAAGCUCUGCUACGCCGUCUUGCUCUUCAAGAGCCCGCGCAAGUCCAACUUUGUCAUCUUCAAGGGCCAGAGGUGGCACAUCGACUGGUCCACGGGCCAGAUGUCGCGUAUGCAGCCGCCGUCGUACGGGGAGCCCGAGUUCUGGGGGCCUUGGCAGGUCAUACACGCGGAGAAUCCGCGUUUGUGA